UGGAGGGGGGGCAGAGGAGGAGGAGGAUGGAGGGGAAGACCAUGGAGAGGAGGAGGAGGAGGAGGAGGAGGAGGAAAUGCUCGUCCCUUCAGUGCUCAAAGAGGCCCAUCCCAAGCUGUAGGUAUCUCCCAGACUGUGUCUCCAUACCAAGGCUGGGCCCUCUACUUCAAAGAAGGGUAUGUGGCCAGUUCACCCUUUGUGGAGAGGGUCAAGGUGUUUGAGCAGUACUUCACCUCUCAGAUGCACCUCUAUGAUAAGGAUGAAAUUGAGAGACAGGGCAGUGUGUUGGUGGACUUCAAGGAUCUGGUACAGAACCAGCAGGUGUGUGCUGCCCUGCCGGACCUGACCAAUCAGCUGAGAGAACAACCUGAGACCACCCUCAACUGUCUAGGACUGGCUAUUCACCAGGUUCUGACGGCUGAUUUGGAGAGACAUGCUGCAGAGCUGCAGGGGGAGGGGCUUCCCAGAGGAGCCACGCCCAUCAUUAACAUACCCCACAUCAGUGCCAGGCUGUAUAACUACGAGCCCCUCACCCCGUUGAGGACUCUGCGUGCCAGUGUGUUUGGGAGGUUGGUGUCUAUCCGCGGCACCGUGGUCCGAGUCAGCAACAUCAGGCCCCUCUGCACACGCCUGGCCUUCACCUGCAACGGCUGCACGCACACGCACGCUCUCCCGCUGCCUCACGGCAAGUUCACCACGCCCACCAAGUGCGUCCAGCCAGAUUGUAGGAGUCGCUCAUUCACCCCUAACAGGAGUUCUCCCCUCACCCAGACAGUGGACUGGCAGACUAUCAAGGUGCAGGAGCUGAUUGGAGGAGAGCAGCGGGAGGCGGGCCGUAUCCCCAGGACGGUGGAGUGCGAGCUAGCCCAGGAUCUGUGUGACAGCUGUGUCCCCGGAGACACCGUCACCAUCACUGGCACUGUCCGUGUCAGCAACGAUGAGGGCAGCAGCAGAGGCAGUAAGGACAAGUGCAUGUUCCUGCUCUACAUUGAGGCCAACUCCGUCAGUAACAGCAAGGGCCAGAGGGAGGCGGGGCCAGGAGUCCAGGGGGCGGAGUUCUCUCUGAAGGAGCUCUAUGCUAUCCAGGAGAUCCAGAGCCAGCCUGACCUGCUGAGGCUCAUAGUACACUCUCUCUGUCCUGCCAUCUACGGACACCUGCUGGUGAAGGCAGGGCUGGCGCUGGCUCUGUUUGGAGGCUGUCAGAAGCAUGUGGAUGAUAAGAACAGGAUUCCUGUGAGAGGUGACCCUCACAUACUGGUGGUGGGGGACCCUGGUCUGGGCAAGAGUCAGAUGCUGCAGGCGGUGUGUAACGCGGCCCCCAGAGGGAUCUACGUGUGUGGGAACAGCACCAGCACCUCAGGGCUGACUGUCACCCUGUCCAGGGAGGCUGGCUCUGGGGACUACGCUCUGGAGGCUGGUGCCUUGGUGCUGGGGGACCAAGGCCUGUGCUGCAUCGAUGAGUUUGACAAGCUGGGGCAGCAGCAGCAGGCUCUGCUGGAGGCCAUGGAGCAGCAGAGUGUGAGCCUGGCCAAGGCUGGUCUGGUGUGCUGCCUGCCGGCCCGCACCUCCAUCCUCGCUGCUGCCAACCCUGCUGGAGGACACUACAACCAGGCCAGGACUGUGGCCGAGAACCUCCGGAUGGGCAGUGCUCUGCUGUCUAGAUUUGACCUGGUCUUCCUGCUGCUCGACAUUCCAGACGAGUCACAUGACCGGCGCCUGUCGGAGCAUGUCAUGGCAACACGGGUGGGGCGGGGCGGGGCCGCAGGCGCCAUGGUAACCAGGGGAAAGGGCAGCCAACAGAGCUGUCUGCUGGAGCCAUCAGACACACCCCUUUCUGACCGCUUAGAGGUUCCCCCGGGGGAGUGUGUAGACCCCAUCCCAGCCUCUCUGUUGAGGAAGUACGUGUCAUACGCCCGCCUCUACGUCCAUCCCUCCCUCUCCGUCGAGGCUGCUAAAACACUGCAGGCCUUCUACCUCACACUGCGCUCCCACACACACUCCUCCGACUCCACCCCCAUCACCACACGCCAGCUGGAGUCCCUCAUCCGCCUCACUGAGGCACGUGCCAGGCUGGAGCUGAGAGAGACUGCUACCAGGAGCGAUGCUGAAGAUGUGGUGGAGAUCAUGAAACACAGUCUGGCAGACACCUAUGCGGAUGGUGCCGGGGGUCUGGACCUGGAGCGUUCUCAGCUGGGGGCAGGGAUGAGUCAGCGGGGGAAGGUGAAGCGAUUCGUCACUGCGCUGCAGACACACGCCCAGCGCUGCUCUCAGACCCUGUACGACCUCCAGCAGCUACGCAGCAUGGCCAGGGACCUGCACAUAGAGGUGGUGGAUUUCGAAGGCUUCAUAUGUGCUCUGAAUGAACAGGGCUACCUGCUCAAGAAAGGACCCAAGCUGUAUCAACUGCAGACCAUCUGACAUACACACACACACAAACACUCAGACGCCAUGGGUAUUUUUUAUACAUGGUUUGUAAAUAUGUAUGUAUGUUUUUGUGUAUGUAGGUCUUCCUACCUAAAGUAAUGUGUACUUGUUCAUUAAAGUUUGUC